AUGACCCCCGACUACGGAGCCUCGCGUCCGCCAACAGCUCCGACACGACUGAGGCAGAUCGCUUUGAUAGCGAGGGACCUUGACCGGGCAAGAUACAUCCUAACCACAAUCCUUGGGACCGAAGUGGUGUUCGAAGACCCGGCGGUGGCGCAGUGGGGGCUGAAGAACUUUUUGGUGGCGAUAGGCGGUGACAUUAUCGAAGUAUGCUCCCCCUGCAAGCCCGGCACGACGGUCGAGAAACUGCUCCAGAAGCGUGGUGAUGGCGGGUACAUGGUCAUCAUGCAGACAACAGACGCCGCGGCUCGGAGGCGAUACAUUGAAUCCAGAGGGUUGGCCAAAGUGAUAUACUACCAUUCCCACGACGAGGUCGAGUGUGUGCAGUAUCACCCCAAAGGUAUUCGUGGAGGUGUGAUGCCUGAACUCGACUCCCAUACCCCGUCGUCAAGUAAUCCCACCCCGCUCGAAAGCAGCUUCAGCCCCUGGCACGCAUGUGGUCCUGACUACGAACGGUACUCAGCUACCAUGAGACGACACUCGCAUUUGCGUCUGGCCGCGGCGACAUGCCGACUUGCCCCAGGCCAGACUGACACGGAGGCCGCGGCGAGACAGUGGCAUGAGUGGUUUGGCAUCGACCGCGACGGCAGCGAGUUGGUUUUCACCAAUGCACGAUUGAGGUUCGUCCCGGGGGUCGAGGGCCAGCCUGAAGGUCUCGAAAGUAUGGUGCUUGCGAUUAAGGGGAAGCAGAGACUCGAGGGGAUUUUGGGUAGAGUCAGGGACGAGGGGCUGAGGCUCUGCGCCGACGGGUGGACCGACCUGCUGGGUGUGAAGUGGUGUUUUAUCCUUGAAGGUGAGAAGGAGAAGGGGCCUGGGCCCAAGCUGUAG